AUGGCGUCAGAGGCGGCACCGGGUCACCUCGGCGCGCGAUGGACUCCUCCGGGAAGUGGCUCUGACGGGAACGCGCGAGGGAGUAGCGGUGGUAGCGGCGGAAGUACCGGUGGUGGUUUGCGUGUGAAUAACAGUCUGUGCAACGAGAAAGUGCCGUUCGACUAUUUCGGGUAUGACGUGUUCUAUGUGAUGAACGUGACUGACGUGGACGAUAAGAUCAUUGUAAGGGCCAGGCGGGAUUAUCUCAUCAGGCAGUACCUCCACGCCACGUCAGAUGCCGCCCAGGUGUUGGCAGACACACAAGCAGCACUGGCAGCAGCAGUGGAGAAGCAGAGGGGUGUGGUUGAGGGGUUGAAGAAGACAGCAGAGGGGGAGAGCAACGAGAAGAAGAAAGAGACGCUGCUGCAGCAGGCUGCACAGGAGGAGCUGAAACUGCAGCAGCUGGAAGGGGCGGCGAAGGCUGUCCUGGAGCGGCUGGGCCCGGCGUGUGUGGCGGCUGGUGGGCGGCGAGGCGUGUCUCUUCUGCUGGGGCGGCGGGCAGAGGAGGUGGAGGCGAAGGAGGGGGGUACUGUGAAAGAAGGGGAAGCUGUGGGUGAGGAGGCACGAACCAAUGGCACAGCAGGUGAUGGGUCAGCUGCAGCAGAAGCAGCAGAAGGUGACAGGAUAGCAGCAGAGGCAGCAGCAGAUGCACUGGCAGCGUCGUUGGAUGCGAAGCUGAAGGCGACUGUCACUGAUGUGUCCAUCUUCAGACGCCUGGCUGCCAAGUACGAAGUGGAGUUCUUUGAAGACAUGAAGGCGCUGGGAGUGCGGCCACCUCACGUGCUGACACGUGUCACAGAGUACAUAGACGCCAUUGUCAACUAUGUGGACACGAUAAUCAAGAAUGGCUGUGCGUAUGCCAUCAACGGGAGUGUCUACUUUGACACCAAGGCCUUCAAGGAGUCGGGACACAUGUAUGGGAAGCUCUGCCCGUGGUCCGUGGGCAGCGCUGAGCUGGCAGCGGAGAGCGAAUCAGACUUUGCCACGUCAGAGAAGCGCAACCGCAGCGACUUCGCCCUGUGGAAGGCCAGCAAGGCCGGGGAGCCAUCGUGGCCGUCGCCUUGGGGCGAUGGACGGCCAGGAUGGCACAUUGAGUGCUCAGCCAUGGCGUCAGAUAUCGUCGGAUUUCCCAUGGAUAUUCACUCAGGGGGAAUCGACCUGCGGUUCCCCCACCACGACAACGAGCUGGCACAGGCAGAGGCGUUUCACGGGUGUGGGCAGUGGGUGAACUACUUCCUGCACGCCGGCCACCUGCACAUCGAGGGCCUCAAGAUGUCCAAGUCGCUCAAGAACUUCAUCACCAUCCGCCAGGCUCUAGAGAAGUACAGCGCACGCCAGUUCAGAUUGCUCUUCCUGCUGCAGGCCUGGGACAAGCCAAUCAACUAUGGGGAGGGUGCGAUGGCAGAUGCGGUGGGGAGGGAGAAGCAGCUCAGAAACUUCUUCCAGACCGUUCAGGCUGAGAUUCGGGCAGCGGGCGAGCAGGGCGAGGAGGCGUGGAGCGAGUUGGAGAAGACUCUUAACGCUGCUGUGGCUACGGCACAGGCUGAGGUCCACGCUCGCCUGGAGGACAAUUUUGACACGGCAGGCGCCAUCGGAGCGCUCUUCGACCUCAUCUCAGCCACCAACGUGUACCUCAAAGACACAUCCGCCAAGAAACGCCGCCCACGGCCCCUCCUGCUGCAGUCUGCCGCCCAGUUUGUCUCCCGGAUCCUGCAAGUCUUUGGUCUGCUGGACUCGAGUCUGGAUUCGUUUGGCAUGACAGCAGGAGGCGCAGCAGCUGGAGCUCAGGGCGAGCAAUCCAAAGAGGCCAUCGUGCUGCCCUACAUUCAAGGCUUCUCAACUUUCCGUGACGAUGUUCGUUCAGCAGUGCGAAAAAACGCAACCAAGGACGAGCUGCUGUCGCUAACUGACAAAGUGAGGGACCAUGCAAUGGUGGACCUUGGGAUUCGCUGCGAGGACCGGGGCGGCGCGGGAGCAGAGGCAGCGGUGGUGAAGCUGGAUGAUCCCAAGGUGCUGCGCGCUGAGAGGGAUGAGCGGAUCGCCAAGGCUGCUGCUGAGGCAAGGAGAAAGCUGCAGACGAAACUGGCAGCCAAGGUGAAGGACCUGGACCGGUGGCAGUCGGCGUCUGUGCCUCCUGCGGACAUCUUCCGGAAGGCGGUUGACAAGUACAGUGCGUGGGAUGACAAGGGCGUGCCAACUUGCGACAAGGAUGGCAAAGAGCUGUCUGCCAAAGCUAAGAAGGCCGUGCCCACACAUGACAAGCAUGGCAAGGAGCUGUCCUCUAAAGCCAAGAAGGUGCGUGCUCCUUCUGCAGUCCUCCUCUGUGCAGGAGUUGUCGAAUGCAGACAGUACAGAGAGUGGGACGACAAGUGCACAUGCAAUCCCCCUCCCGCCCCACCCCAUGCCUCCUGCCAGGGAGUGGACAAGGAGCUGAAGAAGGCAGAGGAGUCGUUUGCCAAGUACCAGCAGACUAUUGCCGUCUUCCUUCCUUUUCCCAUCACCUUCUCUCUUGCCCACACUCACCCUCCCUGCCAGGGAGUGGACAAGGAGCUGAAGAAGGCAGAGGAGGCGUUUGCCAAGUACCAGCAGAAGAUGGGAGAGGACCCCGGGUUCCUGGAUUCGCUGCGAGAGGAGGUUGCCAGGCUGGAAGCUGAGCUGGCUAAGUGA